AUGCCACGUGCAGAACCAGGAACACCAAAAUGGCUAGCUAAUAAGAUGAAGGCAAAAGGCCUUCAAAAAUUAAAAUGGUAUUGUCAGAUGUGUGAAAAGCAGUGUAGAGAUGAAAACGGUUUUAAGUGUCACAGGUUAUCCGAAACUCAUCAAAGACAAAUGCAAAUUUUUUGCCAAGACGCAAAUAAAUUUAUGGAUGAGUAUUCUUCAAUGUUUGAGAAAGAGUUCAUGCGAUUAAUGAAAACAAAAUAUUGUCGAGCUCGUAUAUUAGCUAAUACAGUAUACACAAACAUGAUAAGUGAUAAGACACAUAUACAUAUGAAUGCAACUGUAUGGGUUACUUUAACCGAUUUUGUUUUAUAUCUAGGAAAGACGGGGAAAUGUAAAAUUGAACAGACUGAAAGAGGAUGGUAUUUGGAAUAUAUUGAUAGGGAAAAAAUUGAGAGAGAAAAAGCUUAUGAAGAAAGAAAAAAAAUAGAAUAUUCUUAUGAGGAAUUAAAGGAAAAAAAAAUUAACGAAGCAAUUGAAGAAGCUAAAAAAAAAGGAAAUUUUAUUGAAUCAGAAUAUACCGGGAUGGACAAGAAAAAUGACGAAAAAAUUGUUAUAUCAUCAAUUAAAAGUUUCAGUACUAAUAGUAGUAAAAUGCCUAAACCAAAUGUUAAUAUAUUUUUGAAAGAAGCUUUAAAAAGAAGUGGUAAGGAGAAGGAGAAGGAUGAGAAAAAUGAGAAUAAAGAGAAACUAAAUACUUCAAAAAAUGAGCAAAGAAUUGAAAACGCAGAAGCUUUAAAGAAAGGCACUUUAAAGAAGAGACCUCUCACAUCAUUAGACUUACUUAUUUUAGAAAACGAAGAAAAAAAAAAAAUUAAAGGUGCUAUAUCUAAGUUAAAAAAUGAGAAUGAUAAUAAUGUUGGCACUUCUGAAAAAUAUAAUGCAAAAAAUGACCAAAAGUCUGAGGAUGAUAAGAACGAUAUAUGGAUUUCGAAAAAUAUAAUAGUUAAAAUAAUUGACAAAAAGCAUAAGUAUUAUAACAAUAAAGGAGUAAUUGUUUCAAUUUUUGCUAGCGAGGAUAAUAAAUGUGAAAUACAAAUUAGCAACUAUGCGAAGAAAACAGUUUAUGCUUACCAAAAGCAGCUUCAAACAGUCAUACCCAAAAUUGGAAGAAGAAUUUUAAUUUUGAGGGGUAAGUAUAAGGGCCAUAAGGGGGAACUUAAAAAGAUUUUGGAAGAUCAAGAAUGCGUUGUAGUUUCAGUUUUUGAUAAAAAUUUAGAUAAAAUCAUCAAGGAAGAGCCAAUUCCGUUUGACGAUGUGAGCAAAUUACAAGAAAAGUGA